CGCCGGCGCUCCACAGGAGAGGAGACGCGGGGCCUGCCCUUGCGCAUGCGCCCUCAGCGCCCGAGUCGCCCGCUCGGACUUCCGGUUUGGUAGCUGGACUGGCAGGCUGGAGAGCCCGGGCUGGGGUCGGACCCCAAGUGGGUGAGGCUGGCCCUGGGGCAGAGAUGCGAGUGGGCUGAAGGCAUCCCAAGAGGAAGACGCUCCCAAGGGUGAGCCGGAGGGUGCUCUCAGGACUCCCUAGCUCAGUCGGAGGCCUCUGGAGGGACUGCACGAUGGCUCCGAGAGUGACCUGGCCGGAGGGAGCGAAGACAAAGAGGCCGGAACCCCGCACCCGCCGUUCCUUGAGCUGAGCUGCGCGCUCGCGAACCGCAGCACUCGGAGCUCUGGCCAGCACCCGAGCUCGUCCUCAGGAGACCCAUUCCUACUGCCCCCUCGGACUUCCUCUCUCCAGCAACUAAGUGUGACUCCCCCCAAGCCCUCCUGGCCCUCGCUUCAGGAGCCAAACCAACUUCUCCCCGUGCGCGAGGUCUCCCGUCAGUAGUUCCCGAAUAUUUGCCGAGGGUUCCUUCUGCUGUGAGGGAAAGCAAAGCCCCGUGAUCAGUACUUGAUUUUGGUCUGGGGUGGGAAUUGGUCGUUGUGGAGUGUGAGGGGACGGGGCGCCUAGGGGCCUCGGGAAGGACUGCAGAGGUGCUGGGGGAGAUCAGCCGCGACCCGCUGGACAGAGGCUUUUUAUUGUCUUCAGCCCGGUGGUGACUUGCCUGUAGAUCCUCUCGAGCUCCAGGUCUCCCAUAUGGUUCACUGUGCGGCGCUGGUCACGGGAGCUAAAUGGGAUCAGAUUCGGGGGAGGUGGAAGAGGAGCAGGCAGUACUUUCUAUGCUCUGCUGCUUCCCCGGGCCGCCCUGGAAGUCGCCCAGAAACGCAGUUUUUGAAAGGUCUCUCUCCUUCACGCUCAGUUUUGUCUUGCUGUCCUGAAGUUGCUGCCACCUCAGAUGGCCACGUAGAGCAUAUGGGAAGUCAGGCCAGCUCUAGCAAGACUUUAGACAUACGAGUAUGUUCCUUCUGAUAGUGCCAUCUCUCUCUACCCUAGGAAGAAACUCUUCUUACAGAGAGAGAUUCAUCUGCAGGUGAUUCUCCAAGAACUUGGGAAGAUAGGUGCAAACGCUGCAACCCAGACCCUUAAGCGGAGGGAAGCUGCUUUCUCGUGCGAAUGAUGGCCAAACCCACUCUGAGAGGGAAUGGCGCUAACUCUGAGACCUGCCGGCAGCGCUUCAGGAGAUUUCAUUACCAGGAGGUAGCUGGGCCCCGGGAGGCUUUCAGCCAGCUCUGGGAACUCUGCUGUCGGUGGCUAAGGCCGGAGGUGCGCACCAAGGAGCAGAUUGUAGAAUUGUUGGUGCUAGAGCAGUUCCUGACCGUCUUACCUGGGGAGAUCCAGAGUUGGGUACAGGAGCAAUGUCCAGAAAGUGGAGAGGAGGCAGUGGCUCUGGUGGAAGAUUUAGGAAGAGAGCCUGGAAGACCUGGACGUUCGGAGUCAGUGGAACCCCAGCCCAGGGGUGUACCCAAGAAAGAGAGGGCAAGAAGCCCAGACCUGGGACCACAGGAGCAGAUGAAUCCAAAGGAGAAGCUCAGACCUUUUCAAAGGAGCGGAUUUCCAUUUCCUAAAUCCGGUGUGGUCUCCAGGUUGGAGCAAGGAGAGCCAUGGAUCCCAGAUUUGGGUUCCAAGGAGAAGGAACUCCCAAGAGGCAGUCACACAGGAGACAGAAGAACACAUGCUGAUCUGUUACCAUCCAGAAGAGAGAGAAGCAGCUGGGUGGAGCAGGAUCACUGGGGCUUUGAGGAUGAGAAGGUGGCAGGUGUGCACUGGGGCUAUGAAGAGACCAGAACUCUCCUAGCAAUCCUCAGUCAGACUGAGUUUUAUGAGGCUCUCCGAAACUGUCACCGAAACAGCCAAGUGUAUGGGGCUGUGGCUGAGCGGCUCCGGAAGUAUGGCUUCCUCCGGACCCUGGAACAGUGUCGGACCAAGUUCAAAGGUCUCCAGAAGAGCUAUCGGAAAGUCAAGAGUGGCCACCCACCUGAAACCUGCCCCUUCUUUGAAGAGAUGGAAGCCCUGAUGAGCGCCCAGGUCAUCACCCUGCCCAGUAAUGGCCUGGAAGAGGCAGCCUCUCACUCUGGCCUGGUGGGCAGUGAUGCUGAGACUGAGGAGCCAGGGCAAGGGGGCUGGCAGCAUGAGGGAGCAGAAGAGGCCGUGGCUGAAGAGUCUGACAGUGAUGAAAUGGCCCAGGAGGCCACCCCCCAGGACCCCAACAACUCAACUGCACCUGUCCUUUUCCGAAGGCCAAGUGGUGUACACUGGGGCUAUGAAGAGACAAAGACUUACCUUGCAAUUCUUAGUGAGACUCAGUUUUACGAAGCCCUCCAGAACUGUCACCGCAACAGCCAGCUGUACGGAGCAGUGGCUGAGCGGUUAUGGGAACAUGGCUUCCUUAGGACGGCGGAGCAGUGUCGGACCAAGUUUAAAAGCCUACAAACCAGCUAUCGAAAAGUCAAGAAUGGCCAAGCACCAGAGACCUGUCCCUUCUUUGAAGAGAUGGAUGCUUUAGUGAGUGCCCGGGUUGCUGCCCCGCAAAGUGAUGGCCAGGAAGAGGAGACAGCCUCUUGUCCUCUCCAGGAGACCAGUGAGGCCGAAGCUGAGAAGCAAGCUGAAGAGGCAGAAGAGGCCAUGGAAGAAGAUUCUGAGGAUGAUGAAGAGGAUACUGAGUUACCCCCAGGGGCUGUCAUGACCCGUGCUCCAGUCUUAUUCCAGAGCCCCAGUGGUUUUGAGGCUGGAUUUGAGAAUGAAGCAAAUCUAAAACGGGAUAUUUCUGAGGAAGUGCAACUACAUAGGACAUUACUUGCAAGGUCUGAAAGGAAAAUUCCCCGGCAUCUUAAUCAGGGUAAAGUCAGUGAGAGUGAAUGCAGAUCAGGAAGACAGUGGGAAAAGACUCCAGGGGAGAGAAGAGGAAAACUGACACUUCCAGAGAGGAGUUUAGGUAAAGUUCUUAGUCAUCAGAGACCUUACUUGGGAGAGAGACCCCAUAAAUAUCUCAGAUAUGGCAAAAGCUUCAGUCCAAACUCCCACCUCAUAGAUCAGAUAUCUCAUCAGGUGGAAAGUCCAUAUAAAUGCGCUGACUGUGGGAAAAGCUUCAGUCGGAGUGCACGCCUCAUUAGACACCGGAGAAUCCACACUGGAGAGAAACCUUAUAAGUGUCUUGACUGUGGGAAAAGUUUCCGUGACAGUUCAAAUUUCAUCACCCACAGAAGAAUCCACACAGGAGAGAAACCAUAUCAAUGUGGCGAGUGUGGAAAACGCUUCAAUCAGAGCUCAAGCCUUAUAAUUCACCAGAGAACCCACACUGGAGAAAAGCCCUAUCAAUGUGAAGAGUGUGGAAAAAGCUUCAAUAACAGUUCUCAUUUUAGUGCACAUCGGAGGAUACACACAGGAGAGAGACCCCAUGUGUGUCCUGACUGUGGAAAGAGUUUCAGUAAGAGUUCUGACUUACGUGCACAUCACAGAACCCACACAGGAGAGAAACCCUAUGGGUGUCAUGAUUGUGGCAAGUGCUUCAGUAAAAGCUCUGCUCUUAAUAAGCACCGAGAAAUCCACACACGUGAAAAACUUCUGUCACAGUCAGCACCUAAGUAAGCCUCUGAGGAUCUAUAAAGAGCCUCCAUAAAUGUUCUAAAAUUGUUUGAAAAAGUCUUCCAGUAGUGAGAUCCAUCUCCUGUUCUGUGCCCAACCAGCUUAGGAAAUAGUCCAGGAUUUGUCCCACUGUUUUGUCCUCUUUCUCCUGGAUCUAGAGUCAAAUUCCCAAGGCAGCUGUCAAGAAUGACAGGAAGGUUUCAGUCCCUCUCCUUACCUGCAUCUGAAUUGAAAGAUAACACCUUUCCCUCUCAGAGCCUAUGUUGUUCCCUUAUUAGAGAGGACAUGGUAGUAGAUCCUAUGAGUUUGAUAUGCACCUGUCGUUACUCAUCCUGUUAAGCUGCAUUUCAACUGGAAAAACCCAUCAUAGCAGCAUUUCAGGAAGAAUUUGUGAGACCUCUCACUGAGUGGGUCUAACUCUUUAUACAAUAAUGGAAAUGCAAUUUCCAUUUCCAAAAAAAUAUUUCAAAAAAGUCUUCCUGCUCACUUAAGCCUGUGACCAGAAUGACCUAUUUGUCAUACACACUCUUCAUUUACCUGAAAGAAGGAGUUUCAUGAACAUCUUGGUUCUGACCUAUGAAUCAUCUUGUCAAGAACUAGGUGUUCUAUAUGGGGAAAUGAUGUAAAUCUCAUAUAAAUAUUGCAGCAUGAACCCUGGAUUUCUUAGUUUCUUCCAAGCCCUAGAAGAUUUGAAAUACAGUAAUACUACAUUUAUAGCACCUAGUUUGAUUUUUUCUGUUCCAUCUCACCUGAAUCCAUCUGUCCCUUGAGGCCUAGAAGCCCAAAGAGCAAGCCCGCUGGGUGUGGUGACAGGGAAAGCAGUUAAAGCUGCCAACAGGGAAUCUGUCCAUAUUCCAUACACUCCAAACAACUAGUCUAGUGUUAUGCACCCCGUGGGUGCUCAAUACUAACCUGCAAUGAGCAGAAGCCACUGCCACAUUCCCAUGGACUGGGAAAACACGACUUUGUGCCAACAACUCUUUACCCUAAUGGCAAGGCCAGAUUAUCUUUGGUCAGUGGAGUUGCCAAUACUCACACACACAAGCGUACACAUAUUCAACGGGAGACAUCUGUUUUUGAAAGGAGCUCUUCACACACAAGUGUAAUUCUGAUCUUUACAAUCAAAUAGUAUUGAAUUAAUUGCCCAUACAUUCACAGAAGUAUGAUGAGCCUUGUACAGCACAAGUUAAACAGACCCUGUCCUUGUCCUUACAAUCUACAACAGAUGACACUGACAUGAACAAAAUAAUAAGUGCACAUGUAUAGUUGCAACAGUUUUAGAGAAGUCUAGAGAGUUAGGUAGUAACACUAGGCAUAAAUGUUAAGGUCUGCAUUAGAAUUUACUUUAAGAAAAACCUGGGAGGUAUUUUCUUCUUAUUCAGGAAGGCUUCAUGAAGCACGAUGUGUUCAAAGGAGGGAAGGUUACUGGGUAAAUUAUGGUGGAAUGAACUUUCCAAAACUAAUUGCAAGACUGAGUGCCAAGAGGGUGAGAAUUGGGAAAACUGGGGAGCAAGGUGUUUUGUGCAGAUGGAGUAGGUGGCAAAGAACAAACUGUAAGAAAGGUUAGACAAAGCUUGGAGCAACACAAAGUUUGAGAAAUGGUAUGAUUUGGGCUGUGCAGGAGGCAGAGAGAAUCACCUUAGCGGAAACAUGGAGUGCCAGCGGCAGAUCAGGAGGUGGUGCUCCCAUCAGCUACAGUAAAUCAGGUACUGUGCUGUACUGAUUGAUAACGGAAUGGCUGGCACUGGGAAAGAAGAAUGAGCAGUUUUAGGGGACUAGCUCUUACAGAAGACAAAAGUCAGAAACAGUAAUAUCUUGAGAAUGUACUUUGAUGGGCAGGACAGAGGAAAAGGAACAUGAGCAGAUGGCCAAGGCUUGGGAUAAACAGCUGUUUCAUAGUCACACUUAAUUUAGAGUUUUGUGGCUAGAAUGAGAUCUGGGAGAGGUGUGGGGAAAUAGAAUAUGCUAUAAUUCAUAGCUUACUGUGUUAGAUGAGAGAUUAAUUAGGGUUCUAGUGUUGAGGGAUCCUAGUACAAAGAAUCUCCUAACAUUUAUUAGGAUUUAAGCGGAGAUGUUAUCUCAAUUAUGUUGCCUAAGCAGACAGGAAGAUACAAGAACACCAGUCUAAAGCAAAGCUGCAGGAUCUGAGAUGGUUUAGGAAGUGUGCUACAAUGUUUUUUAAAAAUGAGAGAUUACUGUCUUUAGUAUAUCUAUGUGGAAAAAACACUGGUUGAGGUAUCAACAAAUAUGAAUUCUGGUUCCAGAUGUCUUGUGUGUAAGUCAACUUGCCUCCAUUUCCCUUUCUGUAAAGCAGAAUAAUGUUUACACCUUAAUUUGCCUCUCAGGGAUACCAUGUUAAUAAAAAUUAUGUCUACAAAGUA